AUGUCAAUGACUCUCAGUGACCGCAUUACUGCUGUCAAAAAUGUUAUCUUGAAGGAAAGGCCUUUUUGCAUUGGAACUUGUUCGCUCACUAAAGACGCGGGACUUCUUUUCUUCCGCAAAGGCGACGCUGCAGGAUGGGUCAAUCUUGCUGACCCUAACGAUACAAAGCUUCAAGAGUUGUUAGAAUCCUGCGAGCAAGCUCCUGUUUUCAACGGCUCAUCUCCAAACGCGUGGAACAUGGACAAUUCUAAUAUUUCAACCCACCUCGAUGCCAGACUCGUUGAUGCUGGGGUCAUAGAGUAUGUGAGCAAUGAGCUCAUCAAUCUCUGCAACAGUACUCCAGAAAAAUUACAACCGGAAUUGUUCCAGUUAAAUGUUUAUGGUCCUGGAUUUUCUGUCGAGGCGCACAAAGGUGUGCCUACCGAUGGGAUGUUCGGAUCUCUCGUCGUAUUUUUUCCCACUCGCCAUGAAGGCGGUGUAGUCCACAUCCGUCAUGAGGGCGAAGAAUGGUCCUUUGAUCCCACAGCAAUCACCGCCGCUCAAAAGAAACCCUCAAUUGCCUUCAUUGCGCUCGACUCUGAUGCUGAACGUGAAAUCACUGUGGUUAAUUCCGGCUAUUGUGUUACAAUAACCUACAACCUAUAUUUCGACGAUAGCGACAUAUCUGCCACCCCUCAGAAAGGUAUCGAUGAAGGAGAGGCUCUUCAUAAAUGCCUCUCCGCCUUACUUGACAAUGCUGAAUUCCUGCCAGACGGCGGCUAUCUUGGCUUCGGUCUCCGCUAUAUAUACCCCGUCACCAUCAACAACAAUGAGUCUUAUAGCCUUCGCAAGGUGAUUAAAUCCUUGAAAGGAAGGGACGCUGUUAUAAAACGGGUUUUGGAGCAGCUUGGUCUUUCUCCCAAGCUUAAGAUCCUUUACGAAGUCGAAGAGGAUUGCUCAGCUUUUCUAGUUAUGCUGGACAGCGUAGAUUCAUUUCCGGAAGAUCAAACCAACUGCAUUCCAACUCUCAGAGAAGCCCUUCCUGGGUCUCCAAGUGCGGUGGUUCUCCGCGAGACGGAUGAGGAUACUGAUGCAACUGAUUGCUACGGAGGCAUAAUCCCAUCCAAGAGGAUUCACUGGGUUACACCAAGGCUGACAAGCUUCACUCAUAUCAUGUCACAGUACAUCACAUGCGGAUACGGAGACGAGGUGUCGCUUCGAUACGCCUCUGGAGACAUCUGCCUUGUGGUUGAGAUCCCUGUUACAGGGAAGAGGCUAAAAAGAAAGAGAGGUGGGAGAAAAAGCGGGGGCAACUGA